CUUUGUGCAUUGCAGUUGCAGCACCAGCACCCGCGCCGCGGCCAAUGAGCGGGGGCAGGCGGGCCAUUGAGGCCAUUCUCUCCACCUUUGCAACUGGUGGUGAUCUGCCCGUCCGCGGCUUUUGUGGGACGAGCAUGGAUUCUGUCUGUCUGUCUCUGUUCACAUCUCCAUCUACAUACAGCCUCCUCUUCUACCUACAGACACAGCGCCUAUCUGACCAGCAGCUCCCUCCAGCUUUGCCCCCGGCUCGACUCGACUCGACUCGGAUCGGAUCACUGCGCCGGUAUAUAUAGCUCACGAUACAUGCUCCUUCACCCACAUAGGCGCGUACGUACAUGGGACAUGGCAAUCCAGGGCGAAGAAUACCGAACGAUAACGUAGGCCCUUUUUCUCUCUCCCUCUCUCUUUCUGUGUGUGUGUGUAUGCGUCUAGGUAUGUAGGCGCUGAUGACGCUUCCCCCCCCCCCCCCCCCCCCC